AUGACACUGAAGAAAAUCGCGAAAAUGUCAACAAAAUCUCAUAUUUCUACUGAAUUGAGUGAAACGAUAAGCAAUGUUUUGGGUAAAAAUGUUAAAAUUCUAUACAAAACCCUUAUACGAAUGGAAUCAAGAGGUGAUAAAGUGGACAACAAAGUUUUGGUUGUAACAGCUUACAGAAUUUUCAUAACAACAGCUAAAGUUCCGACAAGGGUCGACAAUGGAUUUCACUUGAUGGAAAUAGAAGCGCUCGAGAGUAAAAAGGCCAAUCAUCUGUCUAUAACACUGAUCCAUGAACACAAGCCAGUGUCCAUACUUAUAGGUGAAGAAGGAACAUCGGAUGGAGUGCUAAAUGUCUUACAUGCGUUAGGUGCAGCCUUUGAUGACUUAUUUCCAAACGUAGCCAUGAUUGACAUUAUAUCCAAGGUGAAUCUACCGUAUCCAGUACCGCAAGUGAGCGGCACUCGAAAACAUUCAACUUGCGGUGAUUUCUCCAAUCAGUACGCAGCUAUGUGUGAUCUCUGCCAAACGCCCUUCAGAGCUGAAGUAGCAUGGGACAUUGAUACAAUAUAUCUGGCACAUGACAUUAGAAUGUUACACCUAAAAGAUUUCGAUCAUUUAGAUCAAAGGGAUCUAAUUCCUUUAGUAAUGGCGUUACAACAUAAUACAUGGUUCAACGGGGUUUGUGGAGAUGGAGUACGGGCGAGUGGUGAGGCUUGGGAGAGUGUAUGUCGCGUGGUAAGGUCUGCUAGACCACCUCCAGCGCGCCUGUCAUGGCGGGCUGCAGCCCUUAGACAUGAUCAUGCUGCAAGAUUGGGACACGCGUUGACCAGAGCCAGACACCCUCCCGCAAUGCAUACCAUCGAUUUCUCUCAAAACCAUAUUGAAGAUAAAGGUGCUAUUAGUAUACUCGGCGGGCUCGCGAACAAUCCGGACGGGCUAAGACACAUUGCGUUGUCACAAUGCGGCCUCACCGGCAAAACUGUGAUGCAUCUAGCGACCAUGCUCAAUGACAACCCAUGCCACCUGUCCACACUGUCACACCUCGACCUCUCCUACAAUAACCUCAAAGAUGACGUACAUAAUUUAUACAACUUCUUGGCACAACCGAAUGUAUUGACGUAUUUGAACUUGACUAACACAGAGACUACGUUAGAAAACAUGUGGGGUGCAUUGUUACGCGGAUGCGCAGCCCGGCUGGCGACUCUGUCGGUGGCCCGUAACCCCUGGUCGGCAGCGAGACGCGCGCGCGACCCGCCGCCAUCUUUCCGACAGUUCUUCACCGCCUGUCUCGCCCUUACCGACCUCGAUUUUUCAUACUGCAAGAUGCCGCCUGAUGCGCUCAAGAGUCUGUUACUCGGAUUAGCUUGCAACGAGAGUGCGACAGGCGUGCAGUUGAAUCUGUCUGGAGUAUUGUCUUCCUCGCAAGCCGCGCACGUGCUCGAGUCUUGCAUACACGGCGUCAGGUGUUUGCAGUCCUUGGACUUAUCCGAUAACAGUAUGGAAUUCGAAUUGUCUGGUAUUGUGAGGGCAAUCGGGAAGAAUCAUUCUAUCACGCACUUGUCUCUUAGUAAGCUGACGGGGAAACGGUCUUACGCACCGCCUUUAAUACAGGCUCUAGUCCAUGUUCUUCAAGAACCAGAUACAGCUUUGACUUCGUUGGAUCUUAGUGAUUGUAAACUUAAGGGUGAUUUGUAUGGACUACUGAACGCACUGGGCGGGGCUCGUCGCCUGCGGUCGUUGGAUGUGGGCGGUAACCUCGCCGGCGAUGCGGGCGCGAGAUUGCUGGCUAAAGCUCUACAGUGUAACUGCACGCUACAGACGUUGUAUAUAGACAGGAAUGCUUUUAGCUUGCAAGGUUUGACGGACAUAGCGACGGCUUUGCGUCGUUCAGUGAGUGUGCGUCGUGUGGAGUUCCCUGGCUGUGACGCGGCCGCCGGGGGGCGCGGCGCUAGUGAACGAGUCGCCACCCUCUGGAGGGAUCUGCACGAACGGCUAGCGAACAACUGCAGUCCGACGCAGACGCACACGCUGCGCGCGCUGGCGCUGGAGCGCGCCUGGGCCGGCGGGGAGGCGGCCGCCGCGCUGGCCGCGCACGCCGCCGCCGCGCUGCCGCCGCCGCCGCUGCCCGCCGCGCUCGAGCGGGCCGCCGCCGCCGCGCACCAGCUGCUGCACCAGUACCUGCAGAGAUGCGGUGAAGUGUUCGCGGCGAUGGGUGGGAGUGGUCCGAGUGGCGAGCUGGUGACACUGCAAGCAGUGCGGGACGCCAUGGCACCAUGUACCACGUCUCUACAGGACCUGCUCAAUCAAGCUGUGGAGAGCCUCGCCCUACUAGCUUGCGAGAACGUGGACCACAUGGACAGUGAGCCCAUGCCCAGCGCGGAUGGAGACAUUCCUGAUCUGCUCACACCUAUUUCACAUUCUGGGGCCACGCCAUUGGGUUGUCGUCGUCGUGAGCGCGGUUGUCGCCGCGUACGACCGAAGUCAGUUGCGGAACAGCAAUGCAGCAGCAAUGAGAUGCUCUCACUGCCGCCGCUGCAUGCUGAGGCCGCGGACGCAUUGGCUGAGCUACCCGCGCAUACUCUGCGACACCUUGUCAAAGGUCGACCUAGACGAGCCAAGACUAGGGCACCAACACGACCCAUUACAGAUCAAUCACAAGAUAUUGAUGAAGGCUUGGAGGAGUUCUGGCGUACAUGUCGCACGCCGCCGGGCAGCGAGGAAGCGUCCCUGUCGGCGCGCACCCCGCUGACGUCGCGCUCGCUGCACUCGCUGUCGUCGCUCGCCUCGCCCUCGCCGCUGCGACACUCGCCCACACUGCAGCGCGAUGAUACCAUGUACAGUGUGACAUCGGGUGAAAGCACACCGGUUCUAUUAGAAUGUGAAGUAUCACGUUGUAAGUCUUCCGACAAUGUAGGCAUGAAGACCUCUGCUUCUACGCCCCCUCCAUCCCGAUCUUCAGACAACGUUAACACCAUGGGGAACGGGUGCGCGCGUACACCCGGCAAGGCGCGGCCCUGGUCCGUGGCGGGAGUCAACCCUGACAAUAACGCCGCUUGUACUACCGAAGGCGUGGAGGCGUGCGUGGGCGGCAGCAUCGUGGGCAUCACGCCGGGCGCCGCAUUAACCAGUUCAAUGUUACGAGAUCAUCCUUUAACUCCAGAGGGUACUGAGACCUAA